AUGCAGACUCGCACCCAAUUCCUCGAACACGGGCUGGUCCCUGUCCAGAAUGCCUCGAAACACGAAGAGAACGAAGAAUGCGCCAUCUGCACCGACGCCUUCGAAGACCCCGUAGCCCUAGCGCCCUGUACGCAUGCGUUCUGCCGCAAAUGCAUCACAGCCUGGCUCGCGCAGCGAUCCAAGAACACCUGCCCGAGCUGCCGCAGGGUACUCUUCGCCGUAGACGACGCCGACCGCGGUCCCGUAGGCCGCGAGCGCGUUCUAGUAAUGUCGCAAGCCCUGCAGCACUCCGGGCUCCUAGAUGGAACCUACCGGGAAUUCAACGAGGAGAUCGAAUUGAACCGGCACGCGAUGAAUAGAGCCACGGCGAGCGCGAAUCGAUGGCUGGCGGAGGCGCAUCAUCCCCUCACUGCCUCUGGCCCGGCGGUUGUCGAGAGGAAGUAUUUGGGUUAUCAUCUGGUUGCUAUGGCUAAUCUGCUGCAGGGCUAUGCGCGCGCGGCGGGGCGGUCGUAUAGCCGGAGGGACCUGCGGGACUGGCGCUUGAUCGUGAAUGCGCUGUAUGCUGUUCUGGGAGAGGAGGACGGGAGGCAGAUCGAUGCGGCGACCCUUCCGGACUCGCUCCGGCGGAAGGUGCAGGUAAGUCUUAUGCGUGAGCGUGCGAAUGUUGGGAGGUGGUUUCAGGGGAGCGACGCUGAUGCGGAAUCCUCCACCGGCGACCUCGACGUUCUCUUAUCUUACAUGGCAGCCAAAGCCGCUGAGGAGUUUGCGCGUCGAGAGGAACGCAGAAGCGCCGUUAGGAGGGAGCGGACGGUGGUGGGGAAGGUAGGUUUGAUUCUGAAGCAGUACUUUUUCUCGUAG